CAGAACCUCGGCAUUUCAACCGAGCCACGGAUCACAUAAGGCAUUCAUUCUGGAAACCCUCGCCGCCCCUCUCUUCCUCCCCAAACAUCACUAUCCCCUUCAUCUAGUGGCGCUCGUUCUGCACCGGCGGCAACGGGAAAAAUGGAUCAUGCUGUUUGAGUUCCUGCUCGAUGCAGUCGACAGGUUCCCGCUGCGUGAGGAGUUCACCGGCAGUUUUGAGCACUCAGAUCCAGUACCUCUAGUCUUGUUGCGGAACAGCGAAGCCGACCAUGCCGUUCCUGUGGACUCCAAUCCUGGGUCUGGUUGCGGUCAACAGUCGGCGGCGACGGCCAGAUGGGAUGGUUUUCGCCAGCGUCCGGAUGCAUCUCCGACUAGGUCGGCACAAUCGACUGCCAGAGUCAACCGAGAAGCCCCUGGUUGGACAAAAAGCGCUUGGACUUUGGAUGGAACUGAUUGACCUUUUAGACGGGUCAUAUGGCGUAGAGUCUUGUAUGAGCUUCAGAGUUUGUAAUAUUCUGUCCAUUGCGUAUUUAAGGAGAAACUGCUGCAGUAAGACGUCUUGUCAGUUUAAUGGCCAGUGUUUAUG